AAAUUCCUAAUUUGAGCAUUUUCCCAUACACUUUCUCUGCUAUCCUUCACUAAACCAACAAUGUCUGCCGAAGAAACCAACACCGCGCCGGCGCGGACGCCCUUUCCGGCCGAGCUGAUCUACCACUCCGGCUUCGGCAACCACUUCUCGUCGGAGGCGGUCUCCGGAGCUCUCCCCCGCGGCCAGAACAGCCCCCUCCUCUGCCCCUACGGCCUCUACGCCGAGCAGAUCUCUGGCACAUCCUUCACCUCUCCACGCAAGCACAAUCAGCGCAGCUGGCUGUAUCGCGUGAAGCCGUCCGUUACGCAUGAGCCGUUCCGACCUAGGGUUCCCGAUCACGUGAAGCUCGUGAGCGAGUUCGAUCGGUCGAACAGCUCCGCCACGCCGACUCAGCUGCGGUGGAAGCCGGCGGAUGUUCCGGAGGCGCCGACUGACUUCGUCGACGGAUUGUACACCGUGUGCGGCGCUGGCAGCUCGUAUCUUCGGCAUGGUUUUGCAAUUCACAUGUAUGCUGCCAAUGUAUCAAUGGAUAACUACGCAUUUUGUAGCGCAGAUGGAGACUUUUUGAUUGUUCCUCAGCAAGGAAGGUUGUGGAUCACUACUGAAUGUGGAAGGUUACAAGUAUCUCCCGGUGAGAUAGUAGUCAUACCUCAAGGUUUCCGUUUUGCUGUUGAUCUGCCAGAUGGGCCAUCAAGGGGGUACGUAGCCGAAAUAUUUGGCAGUCAUUUCCAACUUCCUGACCUUGGACCUAUUGGUGCUAAUGGUCUUGCUUCUUCGAGAGAUUUUCUGGUUCCUGAGGCCUGGUUUGAGGAUGUCCCAUGCCCUGGUUAUACCAUCGUGCAGAAGUUUGGUGGUGAACUCUUCACUGCAAAACAAGAUUUCUCUCCUUUCAAUGUGGUGGCUUGGCAUGGAAAUUAUGUCCCUUAUAAGUAUGAUCUAAGCAAAUUUUGCCCGUAUAAUACUGUCUUGGUUGAUCACGGGGAUCCAUCAAUAAAUACAGUUCUGACAGCUCCUACUGAUCGACCUGGAGUGGCAUUGCUUGAUUUUGUCAUUUUUCCACCUAGGUGGUUGGUUGCUGAACACACAUUCCGCCCUCCAUAUUAUCAUCGCAACUGUAUGAGUGAAUUCAUGGGUCUAAUUCAUGGUGGAUAUGAGGCAAAAGCUGAUGGAUUUCUUCCAGGCGGUGCAAGCCUUCACAGUUGCAUGACUCCCCAUGGUCCAGAUACAAAAACAUAUGAGGCCACAAUUGCAAUGGAAAAUGAAGCAGAACCCAAAAGAAUCUCUAAUACCAUGGCUUUCAUGUUCGAGUCAUGCCUGAUGCCUAGGGUCUGCCCGUGGGCACUCGAGUCUCCCUACAUGGAUCAUGAAUACUACCAAUGCUGGAUCGGUUUGAAAUCCCACUUUACCCGUGAACCCCUUAGAGUAGAUAGCCAAGAAGGAAAGAACGAGAAUGGCACAUAGGACUUGAAAGUGGUAAGAACUAGCAAAAUCAGCUGUGCGUUUCGUGUGGCCAGUGGUGUAUAUAGAUGUAUGUAGAUUAAGACGGAAUGGUACUGCAACUGCUGGUGAAGAAUCUGGUGAUGUAAAUAUAGCUAUAUAAUCUUAUGUCAAUCAUUUGGUGAAAACUUAUGUCUGUA